AUGGAUCUCAAUCAAUCGGUUUUUCCAACCGAGUCUAUGGAUAAGCUGGACCAGCUGGAUUCGUUGAAUGUCAAAGAUCACUCCGAGAAUCCAGAAGAUCCCUUUGGAGACGAGAGCCAGACUGGCAUGAAGUAUAAGACUAUGACCUGGUGGCAAGCUGGAAUGAGUAGGUCGACGCCCUCCUUAGAGCAUGUUCUCGCGACUGACCUAGUAGUUAUGAUUGCUGAGACAAUCUCUCUGGGGAUUCUCGCACUACCAAAAGCACUUGCAACGUUAGGAUUGGUUCCUGGAGUCUUGACCAUCCUCGUAAUCGGACUCAUCUCGACCUAUACCGGAUACACCAUUGGCCAGUUCAAAUGCCGUCAUGUGCAGAUUCAUAGCAUGGCUGACGCUGGUGACAUUCUGGUGGGAAGAAUCGGACGGACUACGCUAGAUAUUGCUCAGCUUGUAUUUUUUGUGCUGGUAAUGGGCAGCCACAUUCUCACCUUUUCAAUCAUGAUGAACGUCCUCACCGAACACUCCUCCUGUACCAUUAUCUUUUCAGUUGUCGGUUUACUUGUCUCGUUCUUACUGACUCUCCCUCGACGCCUUGAGCGGCUUUCUCAUAUUUCUUCCGUUAGCUUUGUCAGUAUCACCGGGGCUGUUCUCACUGGUAUGGUUGGAGUGGCUCUUGCUAAACAAGGACCGACCCAUGUGCCUGCUUUUUCACCCACUCCCAAAUUACACGGUGCGUGCCUCGCUAUCGCGAAUAUCAUUUUUGCGCAUGCAGGUCAUGUCGCAUUCUUCACCCUCUUCUCGGAGCUAAAAGAGCUCAAGAAUUUUCCAAAAGCGCUGGCGCUUCUGCAGAUGAGUGAGAUGGUCUUGUAUACAAUCGCGGCCACUGUGAUAUAUGCCUAUGUUGGACCGGAUGUCAAUUCACCCGCUCUCAACUCUGCUAGGGAGUUGUUUCGCAAGAUUUCUUAUGCCAUUGCCAUACCCACGAUUGUGAUUGGAGGUGUGGUCAACGCCCAUGUCGCUGUGAAAUUCGUCUAUGUUCGUGUUUUCCGGGGCACCAACUCCAUGCACAGCGGGUCUUUCACAGCACGAGCUCUCUGGGCUGUGAUCUGUGUGGUGCUUUGGAUUUUGUCGUGGAUCAUUGCCGAGGGUAUUCCGGUAUUCAACGAUGUGCUGGGGCUUGCGAGCUCACUGUUCGCUAGUUGGUUUUCAUUCGGUCUACCGGGAUUGUUUUGGCUCUAUCUCAACCGAACUUGUUGGUUCCUGAACUGGCGACAGAAAGUUCUGUUUGGUAUCAACAUUCUUCUGGUCUUUCUUGGAUUCCUCAUUUGCAUUGUCGGGUUGUAUUCGUCUAUUCGGUCAAUCUUCCACAACCUUCGCGAGGGGUUUGGAGGAGGCAGCUUCUCAUGUGCGGACAAUUCCCUAUACUAA